UUAUGCUUAUGUCUCUGUGGUAGAUUCCUGAUCUUGUGUCAAAUUUGACGAACUAUUAAGAAUUGAAAAUAGAAAGAAGGUGUAAAAUGUUUUUCCUUCUUAGAAAUUGCCUAUAAACCAAUUUUCAGCAUGUGGUUUCAAAAUUAUUCCUCAAGUUCAAAUACAAGCAAUCAGUAAAAUGAGUAGUAAAUAGGGCUUGUUCUAGUCAUUGAAUGAAAAAUACAUAAAUUUUCAGCAUGUUCAAAAGUCGUGGUGAUAGCAAUAUUGUUUAUAAAUGUACUGUACGAUUAUUAGAAGAUACUGAAAUAUUAGAAUGUGAAUUUCACCCAAGCUAUAAGGGUAAAUUUCUCUUAGAACAUGUUUGUCAACAAUUGAAUCUCACUGAGACGGACUAUUUUGGGUUACGAUAUGUAGAUGCUGGUGGUCAGAGGCAUUGGUUGCACUUGGCUAAAUUGAUAUUAAAACAAGUCAAAGAUGCCUCACCAAUCCUAUUCAGUUUUCGGGUGAAAUUUUAUCCACCAAAUCCAUUGCUAUUAAAGGAAGAUGUAACCAGGUUUCAGAUAUAUUUGCAGCUGAAGAGGGACCUUCUACAUGGUAGACUAUACUGCACAUCAAAUGAGGCUGCCAUGCUUGGUGCGCUUAUCAUACAGAUUGAAUUGGGUGAUUAUGAUCCCAAUAUACAUGUUGGCAAUUAUGUCACAGAAAUGAGGCUAUUGUUAAGACAAACAGAUGCUAUUGAAGCAAGAAUACAGGAGCUACACAGAGACCCAAUGGAAGGAACACCAGGCGGAACAGGUGGAGUCAAGGGCAUGUCCACGCAGGAAGCAGAGAGGACAUUCGUGAAGAUUGCAUGCCAACUAGAUACAUAUGGAGUUGAUCCACAUCCUGUUAAAGAUCACAGAGGCAAUCAAUUGUAUUUGGGAAUUAAUCACAGCGGUAUACUGACAUUUCAAGGUAGCCGGAAGACUCAUCAUUUCAAGUGGUCCGAAGUACAUAAAAUUAACUUUGAAGGUCGCAUGUUUAUCGUUCAUUUGAACUACCCUGAAAAAAAACAUACAGUUGGUUUCAAAUGUCCCAGCGGUGCAGCAUGCCGUCAUGUGUGGUGUUGUGCCAUAGAACAAAUGCUGUUUUUUACUCUUCCAUCAUCGUCUGACGCCUGUGUAUAUUCGGGAGGCGGUUUAUUUUCCUGGGGCACAAAGUUCAAAUAUUUUGGUAGAACCGAACGGGAAAUAUUAGAGAGGGACGGAUUACUUACACCGCGAGAUUCCCAGGAGGAGGGUUCCAGUUCGAGCGGCAAGAGGAAAGCGUCGAGCGUUCCCGCGACGCCCUCGACGCCGAUGACUGGAGAUUUCGGCUACAGCAGCCUGCCGCGCUCCACGCACAGCGCGCCGCUGGAGGAGAGCGGCGCGGCCGAGGGCGAGGCGUGCGACGGCGGCUGCCUGCUGAGCGGGCCGGCCGUGGACAUCGCGCUGGCGUGCUGCGACCACCUGCGCGACGAGCGGCCGCGCGCGCCGUGCGACGCCUACGAGCGCUCGUCCACCGAGUCGGCGGCGACGCAGGCGGCGGACGAGUGGCGCCCCCCCGCGCUGGCGCCGCCGCCGCGCCCCUUCAGCCUGCUGCGCGCCUUUGUGCCGUCCUUCGUGUUCGUGUGGCUGUCGCUGGCGCUGGCGGCGCUGCUGCUGUUCGAGACGGACUGGGCGCCGCUGCGCGCGCUGAAGCGCAAGCCGGAGCUCGUGUCGCUGCGCCACCACUACUACGCGCCGCUCAAGGACUACGUCAAGCGCAAGGUCGUGGAGCUGUUCUGAUCCUAGUCGCGAGCCGCUCGCCGUUAGCGUUCGUUUGGCAGUCGUCGUUCGUUUCGCAGUCGCACGCGUUCUUGUGAUAUUUUUGAAGUACCUGGAGACUUGUAUGACUUUUUUUGUAUUCAUUUUCCAUGUAUCCGCAUGUCUAAUUUUGCGAAGCUCUCGAAAUAUUUUUUUUAGUUAGUUGCACAGUAUGACAUUCGAAUUUGAGGUUUACUUAUUUACAGAUGUAUUUACUUUCGUACAAUUCUUUAUAACAUAUUGCAUUGAUUUAUUUUA